CUUAAUAUCCACUAUGAGCGCCGUUUUUGUGUGAUUGGUUGGCUUUGUAUUUAUAUAAUAAUAAAAAAUAAAAAAGUAACAAUUAAGCCGGACAACAUCAAUAUCGGGAACAAAAUAUGGCCUACGAUCUAAAAAAAGAGUCCGACGUUAAGGAGUACAUAGACAAACUUGGAGUGGAGUACCGCUUCGGGUGUUAUUCUGAAAAGAAACCGGAAGUCUGUCAUUUACUGGGUGACUAUUUGGAGGGCAUCAAAAAAGAUUUCGAGAAAGCCUCUAAGGUAUACAAAUCGACAUGUGACGAUUAUGGUUACGCAAAAUCCUGCUUUAAAUUCGGCAACUAUAGCUUCUUGGGUAAGGGAAAGAGCGGAAGCAAAGGAGACCCUAAAGCCGCCUUUAGUUACUACGAAAAGGGUUGCAAUUUGAAUGAUUCUGAUUCCUGUCUGCACUCUGGUCUUUUGUUGGUGUCCCGUUCUAUGCCAAAGGAAAUCGAUAGAGAUGUCCAGAAAGGUUUGACUUACCUGACAAAGAGUUGUGAUAUGAACAAUGCCACAGCAUGUUUUUACUUGUCUGGAAUGCACAUUUCGGGUGUCCAAAGUAAACCCGAAGAAUACAAUCCCCAUGCACCACCAACAACCCAGAAACCUGUCAAGGACAGCGAUUAUAUUGUACAAAAGGACAUGAAAAAGGCAUUUGAGUUUGCGUUUAAGGCAUGCGAACUACGCAAUAUGUAUGCUUGCGCCAAUCUAAGUCAAAUGUAUGCGCGCGGUGAUGGCACCGAAAAGAAUGAAAAGGAAGCAGAAAAGUACAAGAAGCUUGCCAUCGAAAUGCAAGAAGAAAUCAAGAAACAACAGCAGACUCUACAAUUCCAACAAGGCCUAAAGAAUCCGCAAUAAUAUUGCAAUGCAACAUUGUUAUACUGAUGCCAAUGAAGAGCUAUACCUUGGAGGCAGCAUACAAUUGUGUUUACUUAAGCAAUGUAUAUACCCAACGUUUUAUUUCCAGGCUUUCCUUAUGACGCCUUCUUCGAGUACGAAGUUAAGAUAUCCUCUGCAACUAUUUUUCAGUUGUUAUAGUUUGAAUUUUGAAUUGACGACGGUACAAUAUGAUUAGUUUUAUUUGUUACGUUUUUCUUUUUCUCUUCAGAUCCCACGUAUUAAGAUAAAGUAAUUUUUUUUUACAAUAAAAGAUAUAGUUCUUUUGUUAAAUUUUUAGUUAUUUGCAUUAGAUCAUAUAUAAAUAAACGUAUAUAUUUUUGAAAAUGACAAGUAAUAAAGGAAAACAAUCGAAAAAAUGCA